GAGCGGAGCGGAGCGGAGUGGAGGCCGCAUGGAGCCGCCCCCGGCCCGGCCCCCGGACCCGCACGUCCUCAAAGAUGUCGUCGCGUAUGUCGAAGUGUGGUCUUCUAAUAGAGCGGAAAAUUAUUCUGAAACUUUCAUAAAUCAACUUGUACGAAUGGGCGCAAAGGUAUCGAAAACUUUUAACAAGCACAUUACUCACGUAGUGUUCAAAGAAGGACGGCAGAGUACCUGGAACAAGGCCCAGAAGGCGGGGGUAAAGCUCGUUUCCGUCCUCUGGGUCGAUAAAUGCAGGGAAGUCGGGGUACAUAUAGACGAGUCAUUAUUUCCUGCAAUUAACACCAAUGAAGGCUUAUCGACACUAACUGAAAAAAAACAUAAAUGCAUGCAGCCGAAAGAUUUUGUUCCCAAAACCCCAGAAAACGAUCGGAGGCUACAAAAGAAAUUUGAGAAAAUGGCUAAAGAGUUGGUCAAUCAAAAAGCGGCCAUUGAUGGUUCGUUGACUUACAGCCCCACGAAUAAGAUAAAGAAUGAGUGCCUUGAGAUGGAGAAAAGAAUAAAGGAAAUGAAAGCCAAACGAGAAAAUCUUUCCUUUACUGAAGAUCCCGUUGUCGAUGAUUCAAACUCCAGUUCCGACGAUUUGCGGGGAAGUCUUAAAAGCGAACGACGGAAGAAAUCGGUCAGCGGCAGCCGUGAGGUUGAGAGUGGUGCUCGGGUCACUACUUCCGACUUGAACCCAAGGGAGAAGCCUUCAGCGGCAUCCAGUACCGAUCCGAGUCGGGUAACGCCAAAACGGACGAAAGAGCAGAUAGCGAAGGAAAAGCAGGGUUCGCAACAUACUCUGGUAACUGAACUGCAUAAUGUGGAAAGGGGACGAUCAGAAGGAAUGUCUGAGCGAACGCUCGUUGACCGCGAUCCGUUAGGCCCAAGUGCGGCCACCCCAAAGAGCCAUCCUUUUCGGCAGGCGAAGGGUCCCAUCCCCGAAAAUUUGACAAAUAAGAUGAAUCACUGUUGGCCCCGCAUCAAUUCACCCACUACUUCCGAUGAACUUGGUGCGAAAGAAAAAUCAAGGGGGAAGAGGCCUAGUAUGAAACUGACCGCGGCGAUCCUGCAUCAGGGGGCAUCCGAAGUCCCGUCCCAGUUGAAGAGUAAAUCCGGGAGUGAGACGUCCAACAGUGAGGACGCUUCGUACGAUGACUAUUUUUCACCUGCCAACCUAAAUGAGAGGACAGCACCCAUUUCGAGCGUUUUCGCGCCCGGGCGUCAGCAGAAAUCACCCGGUCCACCCCGUUUAACUCAAAGAGUAAGUCUUUUCAGGGGCAAGAGAAAGAGUCUCUUAGGUAAGGCCGAAGCCACCCAGGUAUGUAAGAAGAAGACUAGAUUAGACCAAGUGAGUGACGGUCCCGCAGAGGAACGCGACGCCGAGCCUCAUCAACCUGGAAAAUGGAAAGGAGUUUUAGUCGCGGAGCCUGCGUCGGAGAGGGGAAUACCCACGGCGAUAGAAACUCCUGAAUGUUCCAGCAGAUCUGACCCUGAGAAAAUCAAGAGCAAGACAGACUCAGGCACUAGAAGUAAAAAUAGCCGCCUCCGUCCCGGGGAAUUGAUGCCUAGGAGCGGUUCCGUGGACGGAGGCCCUGACGCCUUCCCCAGCGUGGAACGACGUAUUACCGAAAACCCACAUCCUGUUGAAAGAGCGUCGGUUUUGGCCGGAACAAGGGAAAAAGAAGACAGUGCUAAUUCUGAGACUUUCAGCUCUGGGGAAGGUGAAACGCCGACUGCCAAGGUGACUGAAGAACAUAGACUCCCUUUCAAAGAUGGCUCUGAUGUGGAGGGAUCCACAGAAGAAAAGGAAAGCCAACCCAGAACGUGUGUUCAAAUUUUAGGUGUUAAAAACGGAAAGGAAAGGCGUGAUGGAGAUGGCGUACGACAGAACUUGGAGGACCGAAAGAUCAAACCCCAUUGGAAAUCAAAGAAAACAGAGGAAGUCACAAAGCCAACAAGAACAUUAGUCAUGACAAGCAUGCCCUCUGAGAAGCAGAGUGUCGUCCUUCAGGUGGUGAAGACCCUGCAAGGCUUUUCAUGCGCGCCCGCCGUAUGCGAAACCACGACCCACGUGGUGGUAGGAGCUCCUCGGCGCACUUUGAACGUCCUGCUGGGAAUUGCUCGCGGCUGCUGGAUCGUGUCUUACGAAUGGGUACUUUGGUCUUUGGAGUUUGGCCGUUGGAUUUCCGAGGAGCCAUAUGAACUCUCUGAUGACUUUCCCGCAGCUCCCCUUUGCCGCCUGGAACGCCACUUGGCAGGAGGAGAUUACCAGCAAAACCUUUUUUCAAGUCACCCAGUAAUGUAUAUCACUACAACCAGCGACCCACCUUGGCCUAAGCUGGUAGAACUGGUGGAACUGUGUGGAGGUAGAGUGUCCAAGCUUCUCCGCCACGCAAGCCUCUGUAUCGGAAGCUACAGAGGAAAGAAGCAACCUCAAAUCAAGUAUUUGUCUGAAAAAUGGAUCCUAGAUUCAAUCACUCAGCACAAGAUUUGUCCAAUUGAAAAUUACCUCAUACUGGAAUGAAUAAGAUCUCAGUCGGCGUGUAGCUAUUAGAAACAGCUCAGAGAGUUGCCUUUGGACACAUGUGAGAAACAGAACCGUGAAGAGAACCAUUUGAUGGAGAGGGUAUGAUUUUCAAACAUUUGGUUUGGAUUGUGUCACGGUGUCUGUUUCAUGCAAACAUGCCCACUUUAUGGAAUUUUGGAAUACAGUGUCGAAUGUAUGCCGAACCAUUUCAUUAAUAAAAGUAUUUGCUAACAUU